AUGCCAUUACAGAUGUUGCAACAUCUGGCGGAAGUCAAUCGUUUUCUGGUUUUUCGAGAAAUCCACCACUGUUUGUCCACCAUAGUGGGAAAGGAACAGGUAUGUGUCAAUUGUUCUAAAAAGAAUCCAUGGUUAGAAGUAUUCUUUAGCAAUGCAAUAAUGUUUCAGCAUCUUUCCUUUUCAGGCAUUAUCAAUUGGGGACCUCCAGAGAGGUUAGUUGUGGAUUAGAAUCAUCUUGAAUUGUUCUUUGUUUUAGUGUGAGUGGCAUUGUCAAUAUGAACUAUUAUAUUUUUGGCCUAAUUUUAGGUGCCAUGUUAUCUCCUCUGUGUGAUUUGUGUUUGCAGCCUGCAUGUUCCUGGAGGACAGCUCUAUUGGUCGUGAGCUGUGGAGAGAGGCCUGCCCUUCCUUGAUAAAUAAAGUUGCUGAGUUAUUCCCUGUAAUAUUGGAGCAGGAGGGUUUGAGAAAUGGCCCACUGUGUUACCAAGCUGUCAAGGUAAAUACUGUAUAUGCACUUUAUCAACCUUUAACUUCCUGGCUCUUGUCUCAUGUUAACAAAAUUGUACUUGUCUUUUUUCAUUUGAAGCACCGUUCAGAAGACGUCUUGUCACUGAAUUGACCUGUGAGUUGGCUGUGUUAGUAGGUGUCUAACUGAUCUGGGACCUGUCCCUUCAGGUGUGUUUGCAGGUGUUUCAGCUGUUGCCAGGUGAGGUGGCCCCUCUGGUGUGGGAGAAGGAACAGGGGAGUUUGGCAAUGCAGAGGAUCCUACAGUCUCUAAUGGACAUCAUCCUGGGACAGGUCUGUGUUUUACAACGAUUCAGGUUUGCCAGUCUGUUCUCCCUGAUGUCCCUCCAUGGUCCAGCUCUUACUCUUACUACACGGUCCUUUGUAGCUCAAUUAGUAGAGCAAGGCGCUUGUAACACCAGGGUAGUGGGUUCGAUUCCCGGGACCACCCAUACGUUAAAAUGUAUGCACGCAUGACUAAGUCACUUUGGAUAAAAGUGUGUGCUAAAUAGCAUUUAUUAUUAUUAUUAUUAUUAUUAUUAUUAUUAUAUUACUUGUUUCCUCUGUGUGUGGGCAGUGCUCCAACAGGGACACCCGUCUCCUGGCUGGGACCACAGUGGCCAUGCUGAUCAACACGGUACUAGAGGGAGGGGAGGGAGGAGCAGCUGCCUGGAGUCUGCUACAAGUCACUCACUCAGGUACACAUUCAAGGACUUUCAUAUUGUUGACAUUGUAUGUUGACUUUUAUUGAUUACAUUCUAUAUUGUUUAUUGUUUACAUUCCAAAUCACCACAACACAUAUGAAGGAUUUGAACCAUAAACCUAUUCAUAUAAGGACUGUGACGAUUAAGUGUUUUUUUAAUGCCACUGGUUGAUGUGUGUUGCUCAGAGCCCUGGCAGCUGUGUGUGGGUGGUCUCCAGGUGCAGUGCAGCCCCCGGGCGCAGGACGGAGUGGACAGACUGGCCGUGAGCAGGGGUCUGCUGACCUGCUGUAGAAGGGGCAUCCUAGUCAGUCAGGUGGACACCACAGGGGUAUGUCUCACAGACUGCUCAUGCUAACUGAUAUCUUCUUCAUUCGUUCUUAUGAAAUUCUCCUUGGCCAAUUUAGAAAAUGUCACUUGUCGUUUCUGAUUUAGGGUUUUCUAUCUAUUGUUUCAGACUUGUCUACUCCUGGAUGGUUUGUUUCCUUUGGUCUCUGCUCUGUGUGAGGAGAAGCUUGACUGUCACUACUACGUCUUUGAAGGUACUGUAAAACAAAACCAGUGUGUUUCUGUACGUGCAAACGUAAUGAAAUUAAGAAAACCUGAGAAUCAAAUCAACGUUUAUUAAAACCUAUGUCUGAUGGCAGUGUUAACACUGUGGCUGAAGAGUGUUAAGGAGAGUCUAGCUGAGAUAUGGGAGGUGACCAGUGCUCCCCUGCUGCCUGAUGACUCUAGCCUGAGACAACAACUCAUCCAGGUCAUCUGGAACAAUGCUGAGAGUCCAGUAAGUUUCCAGUCAUCUCCUUAUCAAAGUAAUGGUGUAAUAGUAUAUUAGUAACAAUAACAUCCCAUUUCUCCUAACACAUUCCCAGGUCGAGGGUGUGUCAGAGGUUGUGCGCAGUGCGUUCUGCCUGCUGCUGGAGAUCUAUGAGAUGGACUGCCAGCGUUUUGGAGACACACAGAAGAAUCUACACAUUUCCUUACUGCACCGCAUAACCAAACUGCCCUGGGAGGCCAAAGCCAAAUACUUCCCCCUCUGUUCACUGCUCCCCUAUGUAGGCACUGACUUGGUGAGGGUAUACAAAGUAAUCUUAACCUCUGUCAAAGUGUAUGUUCAGUUGUGGAAAUUGUGAUUAUAAUUCAUUUUCCGUUAACCCCUCAGGUGCUGGAGCAGUACUCUGAGCUUCCCAACCAUCUCCUGAAGUGCAUGUCCACCAAUUAUCUGUCCCCAUGUGCCUCAGAGCUUUACAAGUGUCUGAUCCAGAAGCAGAGACGGGAGCUGUGUGAGGAAGUGGCCCAGGAUGCUCCUCCCUUGGAGCUGGAUCUGGCCAAUCAGUGGGCCAGGCGUUGGCGGUCCACUCUGCUGGAGGCCUUGACCUCUGACGUGACCCUUCUUCAGAACAACGUCUCCAGCCACUUGCUGCCCUGGACUCUGCGGGUCUUCCCCUCUGCUGUGGAGCCCCUGCUGGCCCCUCUAGACCCUGCCUCUCCAGGGCACCUCCAUGCCUGGGCCUGUGUGAUGAGUGCCCGCCGAGCGACUUAUGGAGGCUCCCCCUGGGCCCUGGAGAGUGGCUCUGCCCUGGAGACCCUCCAUCUCGCCCUCGGAUGUGUGGACGAUAGAGUCCGCCUGGCCGCCCUCAACCUGCUGUGCUGCAGCCCAAAGACCAAAGAGAGCCCGACGCCGGAGGAGCUGUCUACCAUGAGGACCUUCAUCCCCCAGAACCUCAACAGUGAGUCGUCACCGUUCCGCCAGCACCUCCAGGCGGGGGUGAAGAGGUUUCUGGUCCGGAUCCGAGACAGCUGCCUGGCCCACCUCAGAGGACUGAAGGGAAAAAGAGACGGUGGUGCCAGCCUCACAAAGGAGACAGAGAUGGCACUUGAUCAGGGAGUAGGUGAGAGCUGUGAAAGUUUGAAGCACUAAAUAAUGGUUUUAAAAUGUCUUUCCUUGUCCCGUCUAGCUGUGAGGUGCAAUUUAUUAAUAUCCUAUUUAUGCUGAUCAUUGUAGGGUUUGUGGACUGGCUGUCCCAGCUGCCCUUGUCCUAUCUGGCACCAGGACACAGCUACCAGAGGAAGAAGACUGUCCUGCUGCUGCUGUCUGCUGUACUAGAGACGUGCACAGACACCUGGAGCCCAGACAAGAAGAAGGGCCAGCCCCCAGGUCAGUAAAGGGGGCAUGAGAUGGUUGACUCUUCAUUCUGGGGCUUUAAAGCCUGUAUGAAGCUAAUUCCAAAAGGUUUUUGUUCACUUUCUGUAGUUAACAUGGCCUCUUUGAUCAACUGGGCAAGGCUGAGAGGAUGGUGGGAUUUCUUCUCUAGAUCAAUACAGCUGGUCCUUAUUGGCUGUUUAGAGGAUUCCACCAAUGAGGUAGACUUAAUACUUAUGUUACAAAUUCAUUUUUGUAUUUUUAAUACAUUGUGAGUGACAGAAGGAUAAGUGAAAUAAUGUAUUUUCUCUGCUCUAUUUUCUUCCUAUGUAGAUUCGGGAGCUCUCUGCAGGGUUACUGGUGAGAUUUUUCCCACCUAGUUUUCUGGAGGACAUUACUCCUGUGCUGUUUGGCCGAGCAGAACUGCUCCUCUGCAGUCCCCGUGUGCCGGAGGCUCAGAUGGGAGCUCUGAUCAUGAAGGUCCUCCUCCAGAAGUAAGUAGUGCUUAAUUUAUACACCCCCUGUACCCAGAGUUCUGGUCCUCUAACUCUGUGUAGCAUAACCCCCUCUCUGAAGGUCUGGAGGUCAGUCUCAUGUGCCCUGGCUGGACAGCCGUAUCAACUACGUCAGUUCUGGGGACUCAAAGGCCUCUACUCUGGUCAGGUAUCUACUCAAGGAACUCGAGCAGCAUUACCUGAUUGCUAAGGAUGAUAUGAUGCUUGCUGCAAGGACCAAACCCAUACAUGGUGAGACCUGUUGCAUCAUUGCUAUUUCACAAAAUGUAAUUUUGCAGAUAUCUAACAGCUUAUAAAUAUAAACAUGUUGAAUUCCAAAGCAUUUGACAUUGCAACCUUAUUUGAGUGAUGUAUUUGUUUCAGGUAUUUUGACUGCCCUAGAGAGGUGUAUACUAGAGGUACCUAACACCCUGUGUGAUGUGGUCGAUCACAGAGUGACCAUAGAGAUCCUGGUUCUCCUGGAGAGGAUCACUCUGCUCCUCCUGGGUGUGCUGUAUGGAGACCAGGACGCCUGCGGUGAUGAGAAAGGUAUCACCAGUAAAGAGACAUCAUAAAAGAGAAGAUCGGAGAAGGAGAAGGGUAAAAUUGAUAUGGAAUGGUUGUCUCACCCCGCCCUUGUCUUUUCCAGAUGUACCCCCAUCUUUCUGUGACAUGGGGAAUGCCAUCACCUCUCUGAUAGGCCAGGUGGCAGGAGAGGACCAGGGGGAGGGGGAUGAGUGUGUGCUGCUGUCUGAGGAACACAGCCUGGUCCUCACCUGCUGCUGGGUCUCCCUCAAGGUACUCUACAUAAAACCGAUCAACACUCACACUGACCACCCGGCAACACAUUAUAACAAAUGUUCAGCACCACUAGGAAAUACAUUCUGGCCUUCAAUAAGUAUUGUUAUGUUUUCCUCUUCAGGAAAUAGGAAUCUUUCUAGGUUCUCUGGUGGAGAGAAUCCUUGCUCAGGCCAAACAGACAGAAUCCUUUCUAACUUUAGAAGACCUGAAGAGGGCCUCUAAAGUGUUCAAGAACAUUCUUCUCAAAUGCCGCCACUGGGUAAGAAGGACAUAACAUCCAUCUAUGGGUCACAACUCAAAGCUUCUUGUCUCAUCUUCAGUCCUGACAUACAUGUUUCUAUCCCCCAGGGGGCAGUAGAGGGCUGCUGUGUGGGCUUUACCAGGUUCUGUGCCUGUCUCCUGAGCAGCAGUGACCCAGAGCUCAGGGAUAUCCCAGCACACAUGCUGAAGCAGGUAAUCUCUGACCCAUGCCCUUUUGAGGGACUCAUCCACACCGCACACAGGGCUAUCAUGGGGUAAAGGUUUCUGUAGAGUAUGUUUUAGGUCCAGGCCAGUGAUGUACCUUAUCAUUCUCUGCCAAUUCAUAUCUAAUUUUACCUGCAACAAUGAAGCUAUGUUGCAUGCAUAUUUAGCUAGUAUGGUUAAACUGUGUGUGUGCUAACUGAUAUGGGGUUUUCUCUCCAGGGGCUAGAGGUGCUGCAGUCUCGCUGUACGUCAGUGACCCGGCGGGCGGCAGGGCUGCCCAUGCUCAUCCUGUGUGUUGUGUCAGCAGAGGAGGCCAGUAAGGCCCGGCCCCUCCUGGCCCACAGCAUUCACACCCUGCUGGACACAGCCAGGUCCCCUCUGCCCCAGGAAUGGGACCAGACGCUGGACCUGCCACAGGUAAUACACAUCAUGAAUUCACCAAAUGUUAGCCAGAUAUACACACGCACGUACACUACUUCCCAUGAAAUAUACACAUGCACUACAUGUACAUUACCUACCACGAACACAGAUGAGAUGCACAGCCAUCGAGAUACACACAUGCCAAUAGGAUACUCAAGUCCAGGUCAGUUAGCAUGCUGUCUAAUGUUGGCUUUCACCCUCCUCUCCUCCAGGUGUGUGCAGUCCACACCCUGCAGGCCCUGGUACGAGGCUCUGGGCUGGGGGUGGCUGUGCUGCAGUUUGCCCCGGCUGUGGCCAUCCUGUCCCUGACCCUCCUCAGCUCCCCCUGCUGGGCCAUGAGGAAUGCCUGCCCUGCAGCUCUACAGUAAUAAGACAAUCUCUCCUCUCACUACUGUAAUGCACACACUGUGGACAGAGUCAAAGCUCAGGUUUCAGUGUAAUUUGUAUUCUCUGAAACUGACCAGCUCAAACAUUAGAUUAUAUAGACCGGGAGAGAAUCCAUUUGGUGCACUUGCGCGGUCUGCUCCAAUUUCUUUCAUGUAGCUAUCAGACAUGCAUGUUAAAUUAUUCAUUUGUUAUUGUGCUCCCUCUGACUGAACCCUGUCCCAUGCACAGGCUCUCUGUGCUCAAGGUUGCUGGGUCAGCGCUCUGGAGGUGAAGAGGGCUCCACCCAGCAUGGCAUGUCUCCCCCCGCCUUCUUCACCCACUACCCUGCCCUGCAGCCCUUCCUCCUGGGAGAGUUGAGGGGGGCGGCAGAGGACUUGCAGUGUCCCUCUGGGGAGGCCCGGCUCCGCCUGCACCCCUCCCUCUACCCUGUCCUCACCCUCCUGGCCAAACUCCAGCGAGGGGUCCAAGACCAAACAGGGUGAUUACUGUUUUCAUGUCAUUGUUUAAAUUUCAUCAAACAGUCAAGCUAAAGAAUCCCUUCAUAGCUGCAUCUACUCAAUGAAGCAGGUGAUUAUGUGCAUGGACCUGUUUAAGGAUAACAAACCUGUAUUCAUUUACAGUGUUCUGUGCAUCUCCCUGCAGUAUGUAAACUGGUCCAUGUAACCUUUGUUCCCAGCAGGACUCUGUCAGACUUCCUGAUUCCACUGCUCCAGCUGGCUGCCAGUCCUAUCUACAGUGUGAGGGUCAUGACCUCCAAAGCCUUGGUUGCCAUGACGCCCCCCUCCCAAUACGUGAGCACCCUGCUCCUGUUGACAGGAGAGCUGCCGGAGCCCCAGGACCCCAGCUGUCACAAUCGUCUGCAUGGACAGCUACUGCAGAUCAGAGCCAUCCUGGACAGGGGUCUAUGCACACAAAGGUGAGGGUUUACAGAAUGGAAAACAAACAGGGAAGGAUUCUAUGGAGGCCAUAGAGAUUCUAUAAUUCAUGUUCUCUUUAUUCUGUGAUUAAGGCGCUGUCAGGUUUUGUAAUUUGUGUUAUUUCCCCAGUCCUCCCCCAGAUGCCCUUUGUGACGUGGUGGACCGUGUAGAGUCCAGACUGUGGUUGGUGACAGGGGCUCAGCACUGCCCCCUGGUGCGUGGGGCCUACCUGGGUGUGGCAGGCCUGCUGAGGGGGCUCUGCUCUCAGGGGUUCCUCCACCAGAUGAGGGAUGUGCUCCUGUCAGAGCUCCACUCACCACACCAAAGGCUCAAGGUACCCAACAGACCCUGUCUUUCUCACACACACAUGUGCACACUCUCACACACACACACACACACACACACACACACACACACACACAGUUCUUAUCCAGAGAUACUUUGUCAUGAUUUGUUGUCAUCUUCAUCAUCUUGGUAUGUUCUAACUGAUAUCAGUGAGGUUGUGUUAGCCACACCACCAUACUUAAGGUUUAUGGCAUGCCAUUUUACAGGUUGGGUCCGCCUCCUUCCAUCAGAACGCUAUCCACUUCCUGUGUGCAGAGCCCAGGUGGGCUUGCCAGGUGUGGGGGAGUUUCUCCACAGAGAGCUCCGACCUGAGGCUGUCAUUGGUCAGUUGGGCGGCGGAGAGGCAGAGAUGGAGUGGGACCAGCAUGCAACAGGUGCUGCAGACGGCACUGCAGGUGAGACAUGAACACCCUGUCUAGACUAGAGCUUGCUGGGAAAGUCACCCUGUCCAAAACCUACCAACAGUUUUAAACGAUUCGUUUUCAACAUACAAUAUGAGAAAUUCAAGGCACUAAAGAUAUGUUUGACUUUAAACACAAUGCUGCAUGGGGCUGAAAUCAAGCUGAGAAUCUUUUUUUUCCUCAUGAAAAUUAAUGGGUGUAUCAGCUCACAGAUAUUAUAUACACUCAUUUAACAGGGUCAGGGAAAUCUGAACUAGACCAAUACAGUCAAGGAUAUCCAUCCUUUUUCUCUGCUGUGUUAUGAUGUAUGAGUACUUUUGGGUGUCACCAAAAAUGUAUGGAGUAAAAGGUACACUAUUUUCUUUGGGAAUGUAGUGAAGUAAAAGUUGUCUCAUCAAUAUGCCUGUGUCAGUGCCCCUGUUUUAUACCUCUUUCAGUUUCUGGACAGCAAAGUGUUCCCACCUAUUGGCUACCCUUUAAUGACGCCACAUUCCUGAUUUGACAAUGGUGACCUGACCAUGCUGUGUUUUAGGGGAAUGGUGUUUAACAUUCCUCUCUGUACUCAGGCCAACCUGAAGGAGGCGCUGUUGGACCAGAGUGUAGAGUACAGGAGGACAUAUCUGACAACCCUAGUGGCAGUGAUGACUCCUGGGGCUGACCCUACUUUGUCCCAGGAGCCCUCCCCUUCUCCCCCCCUGGAGGGUCUAGUCCUGCUGGAGUGUGUGGAGCUGCUUCUGGGGGCCCUGGAGGGCCACAGAGGGGGGCCAGAGUUCCUCUCCCAGGCCUUGUGUGCUGCCAGCCUGCUGCUCUCCCAAAGGUCAGGAUACAAAAUUCUGCACAGCGCACUCCUCUCUGUUUUCUCUGUUAAUUUACUUUACAACAACAAGUCAUUAUUGUGUCAGAUCCACAAAAAACAUACUGAACAUUCACACUCUUUUUCUUCUUCCUCUGUCUCAGUCUUCAGACAUCUCUGUUCCCUCGGUGGUGCAGUCUGUUGGAGGUCCACCGGGGGCCGGAGGCCCCUGAGGCUCUCAGGAUGGCCUGUGCCUGGGCCCUGUGUCAUGCUGGGGCCCCCUUACUGAGCACGGCCCUGAGGGACCACACUCCUCUCCCUGUCUUCAGCACUAGGUAGAGAUCUAGAACAGGGACGUAGGUUAAAAAGUAAAAUACUGUAUGCAUACUGCAUACUGACCUUGUCACAAUCUACUGCUGUUUGUCUCACGUCAUAAUAAUAAUGUCCUCUCUGUUUUUCUUCCUAUGCAGGUUGAUCAACACAGGGCUUUACCUGCUGCAGGAUGAGAGCCAGCAGGUGAGGAUAAAAGCGGCCGGUUUUGCCUCCACACUCUGCCAAGCCAGGAGAGGAGGAGGGGAGAGGAGCAUGUACCUGAUGCAGGUCAACCAGGCUCUGCCCUUCCUGCUGGAGCUGCUGCUGGAGGAAUGCUGGGAUAGUCCUGGUGUCCUGGAGGUGUUGCUGUGUCACCUGCCCCAGUCUGACCUGAGCUCAGUACUGAGGGAGGCCAGGGACACUGGGUGAGUCAUCACACACACAGGUAGUCAACAAACUCAUGACAUGUAGACAGGGUAUGUCUUUUGUUUUGUUUGUUGUUCAUCAAUCCCUCUCUGUUCCACAGGUGUGCCAGUCUCUAUGAGCAGGAUGAAGCCAACGUAUUUGCAGAACCGUCUGUGAUGUCAGCAUGUCUGCUUCCAUACCUGCUUCAGCUUGCUGAAAAGUACCCAGCAUCCUCAGUGGUGGUAGAACGCCUGGGUGUGUGGGCCAGGGAGAAUGUUACAGACCUGCUGGAGAACCUCCGGGUCUGUAAAGACCUCCAGCCAGGUAACACACAGGCCAAGGACCACAUACUUACUGAUUGUGUCUGAAAGCUACAGAAUGAGUAUGGUUACAUGCACAUAAUAAUAUGAUUAUUGUGGAUAGACAUUAAUAUAAGUUUGUUUAAAAUGUUUACAUGCUUUGCAAGAAGAACGAUUUCCCUAAUAAUCAUGUUUACAUGGGCACAUCUGAAAUCAAGCUACCUGAGGAGACUUAAAUAAAUGCUGAAAAUCGCCAAUGAAAAUAAACGUUCUACCACAGCGACCACGUUAUUUUUGCGAAGCCUAUUUGAGUUCGGGCAUAUAAAGUUUGUAUGUGAACCAUUUCUAAGAUACUCGCGCAUAAGAGGGAGGCUUGCGCUACCGGUGCUGGCACAUGUUCAGAUCGAAUACACCGCUGGAACACCGAUUUUAAGCUGUUUACAUUUCCCAAUAACUUGAACGAUUGCUCUGAAAACCAGGUGUUUUAAGCAGCGUAUGCUUACUCUGAUUUUGACCUCACGCCGAUUUUAAGAUAAACAGAGUAAAGUGUUUACUUGACUAUUGCCAUACUCGGCCUACUGCCGUAAUCAGUUUAAUAUCUAAUUAUUAGUGUGCAUGUAAAGUACUGAAAAUGUCUUGGCUGAAAGUAUUAUGUGAGCUUAAAGGGAUACUUCGGGAUUUUGACAGAGGCCCUUUAUCUAUUUCCCCAGAGUCAGAUGAACUUGUGGAUACCAUUUUUAUGUCUAAUUUUUAUGUCUCCGUAUGUAAGAAGUUAGAGGUAGUUUCGCAAGCCAAUGCUACCUAGCAUUAGCGCAAUGACUGGAAGUCUAUGGGUAUCUACUAGCAUGAAACAAACAUUUGACAUACAAAUGCUAUCCACAAGUUCAUCUGACUCUGGGGAAGAAGAUAAAAGGGCCUCAUUGCCAAAAUCCCGAAGUAUCCCUUUAACUGUUCUUCCAUUCUAGGUGACACCCUGGACCCGGCCUGGUUGGCUCUUCUCAUGGAUUCUAGUUUCCAUGGCGCCCUGUGUGGCCUGUGGGCCAGGGCAGCAUUCCUCCUGCGGCUGCUAGAAAUGUCUGAUGACCUCCGGCCCCUCUGUGAUCCUGAUAGUUUACGUAAGAACAUCCAGGAAGUUAACUGUGUGCUCAGCCAGAACGGUGUCCAGUUGCCUGCUGCCUUUACUGCAGUUCUGACUAGAGACCUGCCUUGA